AUGAGAGAGCUGGAGCCAUCUCUAUCCGUCACUGAGCAAAACCUGGCAGACCGAGUUAGGUACAUCCUGCGCUCCAACAUAUUUGGUGACGCCGAACUCGAGCGACUACGACGUGAGGCUAUUCCUUCAUCGAAUGGAAAUGCUACGGCUGAGAAUGCGGAGCCACUAGAUGCGCAACAAACUGCAUAUGUGGAUGCUGCCGUCAACAUUCCAUUUGUGGCUAAUUCAGACGAUGAUGGAAUAGUCUCCCACGAACUAGAGAAAAUGAGGAGCAUAUUGGAAGAGUCGAUGCUGGAAACGCGCAGCAUGCCUCUCGAAAAUCGACCGCGACUUCCCCGCAUACCCCUUAGCAAGCGAAAUCGGGCUGUCGUGCGGGCUCUUAACCCAAUGCUGGUGACCUAUUUGGAAGCCAGCCGGGACCUUUCCGAGACGGAUUCAAUUCUUUUUGGCGCCGCACUGGCAGUAUGCCGUAUUAUUGGCGCCAAACUUCCCGUGGCUGGACGUGCUACUCAAAAAAGUAGCGCCAUCCCAGCCUGGAGAAAAAGAAUUGAGGACCGUAUCGCAAAGGCAAGGGCCCUUAUCGGCAGACUGACAAGCUUCAGGUCGGGUAAUAAUAGACCGAGGAUUAUGCGCACCGUUAGGAUGGCGUUUGCUGGGACAAAUAUCAGUUUGUUCCAGCCGGAUAUCACGCAAAAACUAACGGAGCGCAUAGAUGACCUGAAGCAAAAAAUCGCUGCUUGGGGGAAGCGGAUUCGACGAUUUAGCGAGAGGUCAAGGCGGUUCAACCAGAAUCGUCUCUUCCAGAGUGAUCAGAAGAGGCUCUAUAAAUCAUUGGAGAGACCAGAGGUAUGUGGAGCGGGCCCAGGACCGGAUCAGGCUGACACUGUCGCAUUUUGGCGUGGCCUGUGGUCAGAGCCCGUAAACCACAGCGAGGGCCCUUGGAUGGAAGUUGUGGCGAGCCAGAGUGCAAGUGUUACGCCUAUGGACCCCGUCACCAUAACGCCUGAAGACGUGGCUGAGGCGAGCUGUGAUAUUGCUAAUUACGAGUUCUUCUGCCGCCCUGGUACUAUUCGACAACUAGCUAACAGUGACGUGAUAAUGUAUCGUACACUGUCUCGCUUUGACUUGGAGCCUGAGCUAUCUAGCGUUAAAAGAAAUGUUACGUCCAGGAUAAAGCGCAAGCGCGAUGACGAGCAAACCAAUUACAUUAAUAUGAAGGACUAUAUGGACGAAAUCAAAGAAAUGUUGUCAUCAAAUAUACUGUAA